GAUUGGCUCCCUGCUGGCCUGGCGGCCCGCCUCGGUGAAUAAGCUGUUGCAGCUGCACUCUGAAAACAGCGAGCGGAGGAGGUGCUAUCAUAAUGUAAUGUAAAGUUGAAGCUGGGUUGUGUGGAGGACUAAAAAGUUGUUUAUUGUAGUCUACAGUCGGCGGACCCUUGGAGCUUUGAUUGCACUCGGAAUCACACAAACCUGGGAGAAAUGUAGGCAGGUUUCGGCCGCUUUUGUCGUUGCUACACGAUGGAGGAACCUGCAACGAGAGAGUUUGAGAUGUCCCAGUCAGACGGGGCUUCUGACGACGACAUGCCCUCAACGUUACCCACAGAGGGCAGCCACAGCGGGAGCAUCCGCAAGGGAUGUGAUCCUUUCGCCCAGACUCAGCGUAGUAAACUGCAGCACCGGCGAGCUCGCAUCAACCAGCAGAUCAACAAGGAGAUGAGAAUGAGAGCCGGAGCAGAGAACCUGUUCAGGGCAACGACCAACAACAAGGUGAAGGAGACGGUGGCUCUGGAGCUCAGCUUUGUCAACUCCAACCUGCAGCUGCUCAAAGAGGAGCUGGAGGAGCUCAACAGCAACAUGGAGGUCUACCAGACAGACAGUGAGGCCGUCAACGUUCCCAUGAUCCCACUCGGAUUAAAAGAAACCAAAGAGGUGGACUUCACAGUCUCCAUUCAGGACUUCAUCUGUGAGCACUACGGAGAGGACAGCUCCCUCUACGACGAGGAGAUCAAGGAGCUUAUGGAGCUCAGACAGGCCAUGCGUACGCCGAGUCGUAACCAGGCAGGCCUGGAGCUACUGGUAGAGUACUACAACCAGAUGUACUACCUGGACCAGCGCUUCUUCCCCCUACACAGGAACCUGGGGGUGCACUUCCACUGGUACGACUCUCUGACAGGCGUUCCGUCGUGUCAGCGUACGUUGGCCUUCGAGAAAGGAAGCGUGUUGUUCAACAUCGGCGCUCUGUACACACAGAUUGGAGCUCGGCAGGACCGUUCUGCCACAGCUGGCAUAGACAAAGCUGUGGACGCCUUUCAGAGAGCUGCAGGUGCGUUUAAUUACCUUAAGGAGAAUUUCUCCAACGCUCCGAGUCUGGACAUGAGCAGCCCGUCGCUUUGCAUGCUGGUCCGGCUGAUGGUUGCCCAGGUGCAGGAGUGUGUGUUUGAACGUGUCACGCUCACCACACAGGACACACACUUCACUUCCCAGCUGCGUCUGGCACAAGAGGCUGCAAGGGUGUCAGACGUCUACCUGUUAGUGCAGCAGACCAUGACGCAGCCUCUGAUGAAGGACUAUGUGCCGUUUUCUUGGGCGUCCAUGGUCCAGGUCAAAUCCGAACACUUCCGUGCCCUCUCACACUACUACGCUGCCGUUGCACUUUGCGACCACACGAUGUCUGCUGAGGAGGAGGAGGCGGCUGAUGAGGAAGCAGAGAAGGCUCUCCUCCAGUUCUACAUCAACGUCCCCGCAGGACCACCGCUCAGCCAGGUUUUACGAGACCCUGAGAAAAGACGAAAGCUUGGUAAAGCUCACCUGCGGCGUGCCGUGAUCAGACACGAGGAGGCCAUGCGUGUCCACAGUCUGUGCAAGAUCCUGAGGAAGAUGGACAUCCUGCAGGACGUCCUGUCUCUUGCACACAAACGCUCUUUGGACAAGUACUCAGAACUGGACAGAGAGGACGACUUCGAUGAAACCGCUGAGGCUCCAGAAAUCCAGUCUCAAACCCAUCAGAAACCAGAAAUCACUCCACCCAACUUCUCCACAGUCCAAGUCACCGAUAUCUUCCACAGACUGGGGCCCCUGUCUGUGUUUUGUGCGCGGGCUCGCUGGGGUCCCGUCCACGUGAUCCGUCUGCAGAGGGGGGAGGAUGGACUGGGUCUCACGCUCAGAGGAGACUCCCCCGUCCUGGUGGCUGGAGUGGUGCCUGGAGGCUGUGCAGCGGAGGCGGGACUAAGAGAAGGAGACUACAUAGUAGCAGUGGACGGACAGGACUGUAAAUGGGCCAAACAUGGCGAGGUGGUCCACAUGCUAAAGAGCUGCAGUGACAGAGGGGUGGAGCUCAGUGUGGUCACCUUACACUCACAUGACACACAGGUGGAGAGGAGAGCCGUCAUGCUGUCCCACAGCAGCGAUAAAGAAAACACUCGACAGCGUCUGCUGGGCGGAGCCAAGGGCCAGAGCUCCGCCUCCUUGUUGAACUGGAACAGGAAAAAGAAGAGGGAAGGCAGCGGCGUCACCAAGAGACUCGGGAGCACUUUCAGUUUGUCGUUUGGAAGCAUCCGAGACACCGAGGCCAUGUACUGAGGCAGGACUGCAGAGGAAGUACUCAGGGAAUCUCAGCCAUGAAGCACGUGGCACAGACUGACAGCAGUGCAGCACCAAGAAACACCAGCAGGGGGUGCUCUGGUGGAAUAAACACUCGCAAAGUUCAACCCAGCAAAAACAUGCUACAGCGCAGUCAUGUAGCAUGUAGCUUUUUGCUAAUUUACUGUUGCUUCUGUGAAGGUUUUGAGUUGAGCUUUCCUGCCUCAGUAUGCUGUGCUGUGCUGCCUUGUAGGGACGCUUCACCAUUAAAAAAAGCCGCGACAGCACCGGGGUCGCUGCUGAGGUUCAUUAUCACCAAUUUACUGACACCUUACAGCCAAUCAGAAUCCAGUAUCCCCUCAGCCCUUGGUGUAACUGAAUAACUGAGAGGGUAAAGCAGCAAAAAAACAAGCCCCAUACUUUUUGUGUCUUACUAUCCCCAAUGGUCUGAUUUACAGAAAACGGUGACCUGCUAAACCACUGAAGUGCUCCACACACCAUCACAGACCUUUUGACGGAUUUCAGUUUGAGGUCGAUUCAUCCUCAGUUCAGUGAAAUAUUUGUUUAGUUCUGUCAUUUUUAGAUGAUUUAAAGAGCACUACAGAGUUUUGUUUUUUAAACGCACUGUGAAUAUUGGAAAGUAGAAAUCUCCCAUCAGUAAUGUAGUGAUGAGCUGAUGCUUCAACAAUGAACACGAGGUUGUGUGCUGCAUGUUACACUCAGAUAGUUUUCAUAGAACUGUAGCACAUUAUUAGUCUGACUGUAUGAGGUUUGUGUGAUGGGUGGUCCAUAGAGUACAGAAAGCCAGAAGGGACAAACACAAUGACUUCUCAUUAAGCUGUACUUUUUAGUAAAUGUUGUCAGUGUGUCCCGUUCAAAAUCUGUCAAAGAUCAUUUAAAUUUGCCCAAAAUUGUCAGGUCGUAGUAACGGAAACUGGAUUUUUUGUGUUUGACUCACCAUAUGAAAAUCUAUGACAAAACAGAAUUUUGUUAUAGAUUUUCAUGUGGUGAGUCUCCAAACGUCUCCAGAUGUCUUUCAAACAUUGAGAAGAAAUGGAAAGAAAAGGAAAACAUUUCUCUGAGGCUGUUCUGUAAAUAUGUGAAAGUAACUUCUGGUUUGAAGGAAACAAAUGUGUGUGUGUGUGUGUGAGAGAGAGAGAGAGAGAGUGAGUAAAUAUUUGUGUGUUUUGCUUUGUUUUUUUACUGGUUAUCUGACCGUCCCUGAAUGACAUUUGGGGAUUUGCACAGUAUUUUUUCCAUGUAUAAAUACAGUAAGAGUGACUGAGCA